AUGCGGUGGCUACCAGUUCUCUCGAGUGUCAUAACUCUCUUCGUUCAUGGAACUAACGCCAAGCAAUUCGAGCACUGGUAUCUGUUCUACCGAUGGACCGUAACAGGAGAAGGAAAGGCCCCCACCUGCCUCAAAGAUUAUGUGGACGCUGUCGAGAUAUUGGGCGCAAAAAGCUCAAUGACAUGCAAAAAUUUGGCUAGCUGCAUUUACAACAAUACCCAAGAAAUCGACAAGGCGGAUAUGUCAUCUGCGCUGGUUCUACUCGGCCUUGCACCAACAGUCCUAGGACAGAUGGGCCCAACCCUGAACCACAAAGCUCAACGCCCUCUCCUGGGGCUUUUGUGUGUCCUAGGCGCGCCUUCGAUCGCUUUCGGGAUGCCGUGGGCAAAGACGAAUCCUAUGAAGCCUAUCGACGCAAACGCCUUUGCUUCUGGGGAGAUGUGGUGUUUUAGUUAG